AUGAAGCUCUUCCAGCUCACGCUGCCCAACGAGCAGCACGGAAAGGCGCGUGUUGUAUCCGUGCUGCAAGACGACCUCAAGCUGGAUAAUGUGACGAGCGUGGAGGCACGCACGUCGUCCAUAGUGACGUUUCGUGUGGAGGACAAAGAGAUGCAGGCGAUCCUCAACAAGCUGCAGCUCAUGGGCGUUGGCGUCCAGUUUGGCUUCUGCGACGUCAUGUCACUCACGCCAGGCACUACCAUGCUCAAGCGUAAUCGCAACAAGAAGAAGAAGCGCAGCGUUGGCCGGAUUCUUGAACGGAACACCGACGUGGGGACCGCAGUACCUGUGGCUGAGAUGUAUGCGCAUAUUGAAGCAAAUUCAACUCUUUCCAGGGACUCUAUGGUGAUGCUGCUGAUUUCUUCGUCGAUUGCUGGAAUCGGUCUAGCUGGAGAUUCGAGCACUUACGUCGUUGCCUCUAUGCUUCUAUCUCCGAUGAUGGGGCCAAUUUUGGGCUGUGCUUUUGGAUUUGCCCUUCGGGAUAAAAAUCUCUUUAUCAACGGAAUGCUGAAUGAGCUUUUUGCGCUGACAAUUACUUUCCUACUGGGUAUCAUGAUUGGUGCUUUUCUAAGUCCUUAUGCAGUGGCAUUGAAUUGGCCAACAGCUGAAAUGCGCCAGCGAGGGCAAGCUAUUCAAUUAUUGUUCGGCGCAAUUGUUGCCGCGCUUUCAGGUACUGGUGCUGCACUGGCUGAGUCAAACGCAAACAUUUCUUCCGUUGUUGGGGUCGCCAUCGCCGCGGCAUUGCUUCCGCCUACUGUUAACUUCGGAAUUUGUGUUUCGUAUAUUAUGUUCGGUCAGUACUUCGUGACGGACGAUGUCAUCGGAGAAGAGCAAAAAAUUAUCUUUUACGAAAUUGCUAUGGGAAGUCUGAUGCUCCUGUGGAUUAACGUUAUCCUCAUCUACGUCACUGCAGUUUUGGUGUUUAAAAUCAAAAAGGUAGAUCAGUUUCAAUUGAUCCGGCGAAUUGAUGAAGGUGCAUGGCGAAACCUUCCUCGUGUGCAGAGAUCUCCCGCCCAUAGAGACAUACCUGCCAAGCACUAA